GUGGAGCUGAGUUAGUGUGUACGUAGACAUCUCUGAGGGAACUUCAUCAAUCGAAGAACAAGAACAAGUCUUCAGAAGUCAUUCGGGAUUGCCAUCUUUCAGAUCACAAAAAGAUCGCCACAUAAACAUUGCAAUAUGGUCGCCAAACAGAGAAUACGCAUGGCCAACGAAAAACACAGCAAAAACAUCACGCAAAGAGGAAAUGUGGUGAAAUCUACGAGGGCUCAAGACGAAAAAGUGGCAGUGGGACCAUGGCUUCUUGCAUUAUUCAUAUUUGUCGUCUGUGGAUCAGCAAUUUUCCAGAUCAUCCAAAGCAUCAGGAUGGGAAUGUAGUGUGAAGAGACCCCAUUACACUCUGAGCUCUCAGCAUUCCUCCUCAUUUCCAAGAUGGUUACACCCUUCUGGCAAGCCUGAAGAUCAAUCGUCCAUUCCACCUUACAUUAUUUAAUCUCUUUUACCCUCUUUCUAAGUGCCAAGAUGGAUAACCAUAGCUAUCUCUCCCUAAUUCAAUGAGGCAUGUCACCUUACUUCAAAAGAAAAUACUUGCCGAAGCCAUACAUUAUGGGAAUUUUGACAUUCCAUUGCAGGACCAACUUUGCUGCUGAAUCUGUUGAGUGAAAUCACAUGUUUAAAACAAGACGGCCGAGUAUAAGCAAACUUACCGUGAUUGAAUUUGUGUUUUUUAUCCAUUUGUGAUUCUUCAAUGAAAUUUCUCAAGAUUCUCCUCUUUAUUUUCAAAGAAGGACUGUAUGAGAGAGUGUUGUGCCUUUCUAGGGACCAUGUCAUUUGACAGCUGUAACUGUGGUAUAGAUUAAAUGACAGGAGGAACAGUUAUGAAUCAGGAUAAGGUACUCCCCUAAGUUGAAUGUUGUUGCAAGCAUGCAACAUCUAACAUUAUGCACCUUUCUGUGUUAUGGUUCUACAACUUGUAUAAUACCUAUCAAGUGAUGGCUGGUGUAUUUAGGUAUGAAAGUCUAUGCAAACUCCUGAAGGAAAGUAUAGCUACACUGUGUGUGGCAACAGGCAAAAACAUAUGCUGUCAAUAAAGUCUUCAAAACAAAUUUAAAAAAAAUGUAAAAGUAAA